ACCCUUCAUCUCCUCCUCACCAUUCCUCUGCUUCCUUCUCCUCCAUUAAUGGAGCUCACAAAUUUCAAUUCCGGUUCCGAUUCCAGUUCAUCUCCCACGCAUAAAACAACUCUCCUCUCCAUUAUCUUCAACAAAGAAACAAAGCGACCCAUUAUCUCUUUCCUCUUAAUCCUACCCCUCUCGUUCGUGCUCCUCCAACAACUCACCCCGUUACAACCAUUGUCGUUUUUUCUCCUCACUUUUUCUACGAAUGAGAACGAGAGCGAGAAUGAGAAUGGUACUCGUUGUGAUUACACCAAAGGGAAAUGGGUGCGGAACGAGCGCGUAUCGUAUUAUACGGAGGAGUGUCCGUUUCUUGACCCGGGGUUUCAAUGCGUGCACAAUGGCCGCAACGAUACCGGCUACAUGUAUUGGCGGUGGCAACCUCAUGGUUGUGAUCUCCCCAUGUUCAAUGCGAGUGAUAUGCUGGAGAGGAGCAGAAACGGGAGGAUUGUAUUUGCGGGAGACUCGAUCGGGAGGAACCAGUGGGAGUCAUUGGUGUGCAUGCUUGCGAAAGGCGUCGGUAACGGGUCGCGAAUCUACGAGCAGUUCGGAAACCCGAUAACCAAGCACAGGGGAUUCCUCUCCCUGGUGUUCCAGGAUUACAACCUCACUGUCGAGUAUUACCGCGCACCGAUGCUCGUCACCGUCGACCGCCUCCCUCCGAACGUGUCAUCCGGGGGGCCAAUAAAGGGUGCGGUGCGUGUCGACAUGUUGCCACACCUGGCUGGCCGGUGGGCCGGGGCCGACGUGCUCGUUUUCAAUACUGGCCACUGGUGGAGCGAGGACAAGAUCACAAAAAUGGGAAACUAUAUUCAAGUGGGCAAAACAAUAAACAUGACGAUGGAUAUCAAAGAAGCUUUUCAACUAAGUCUGGAGACGGUGACAAAUUGGGCCACAAGCAAUCCACAACUUUCGAAGGCGCACAUCUUCUUCCGAAGCUUCUCCCCUUCUCAUUACACGAAUGGGACGUGGGACACGAACGGCACAUGCAGACGGGAAACGGAGCCAUGGAUCAGCACCAGUGGGUUCAGGUUCAGGUUCGAGCCCGAGCCGUGGAGCAACGCGAUCACCGUCCGUGCGGUGGAGGAGAUGAAGAGAGGCGGCAGGAAUGCGCGGUAUCUGGACAUCACGCAUCCAACCGAGCUGAGGAAGGACGGGCACCCGUCGAGCCACCGCGAGCCCGGCACGCCGCCGCACGCGGCGGAGGAUUGCAGCCACUGGUGCCUUCCCGGCGUGCCGGACAUGUGGAACGAGAUCCUCUACGCAAGCCUUUUGUCCAUGAAUUAUAACACUAAAAAUAGCAACAACACUUAAAUUAAAGAGUCCACAGAAGAAGUGUGAGUGAAUGUGUUUUUGUGUAUACAGGAGUACUUAGAACAGUGAGAAGAGUAGAAGUGAGGUUUUAGACGGAUGUACAUAUAGCCUCCUCCCAGGAGUCAUGGCUUUUUUACGGCUUACACAGUGAAUGGUAAUUUGUUUUUUAAGAUUAAGUAGACCUCU